CGUCGUGUGGUUUUAGACGUUCGUUGACAAAAAAGAACAUUACUCCAAGGAGAAAAAGAAGAAGAAAUUCAGAGCCCGUCAACAACGAAGGGAGGUUUUGCAAUUUCCAUGCCUUAAGCUUGUGAAAGAUCAUCAAAUCCUUCUGAUUUCUGAAGUGGGUUUUGAGUUAUUGGUGAGACUGAGUGAGGAUGGUGUUGGUGUUGGCCUUGGGGGAUUUACACAUACCCCACAGGGCACCUGAUCUACCUGCCAAGUUCAAGUCCAUGCUUGUUCCUGGCAAGAUCCAGCACAUCAUUUGCACUGGAAAUCUUUGUAUCAAAGAAGUUCAUGACUACUUGAAGACCCUUUGUCCCGACUUGCAUAUUGCUCGAGGUGAGUAUGAUGAAGAGACAAGAUAUCCAGAGACCAAAACGCUAACUAUUGGUCAGUUUAAGCUCGGGUUGUGUCAUGGCCACCAGGUUAUUCCAUGGGGGGACCUAGACUCACUAGCCAUGCUUCAAAGGCAGUUGGACGUAGAUAUCCUUGUGACAGGUCACACCCAUCAGUUCACAGCCUACAAACAUGAAGGAGGCGUUGUCAUAAACCCAGGGUCUGCCAGCGGCGCCUAUAGCAGCAUCACCUAUGAUGUCAACCCAAGCUUUGUCCUCAUGGACAUUGAUGGCCUCCGUGUCGUUGUCUACGUGUAUGAACUCAUUGACGGGGAGGUUAAGGUUGACAAGAUUGAUUUCAAGAAGACAACUGCCGCUCACUCUGCUCAUUGAAAUCAAAUUGCAUGCACUGUUUAUUCAGAGACUUCAGAAUUCCUCAAUCUUUUCUGUUAGUGAUGGAUUGCCAUUAUCUUUGUAUUUGUGUCAAUGGUGAAAAUUCUGGCUUUAUAGUGAUUGACCAUAGGAGUGUUAUUUCACGUUGCCCUUUCCAAAGAUUUGAUCAAUUUAUAAUAUGCUUGACUCUUACAUA